AUGGGGAAGAAAAUAGGAAAGGAAAUAAGGCAGGCAGGAAAAAUAGACAAAGAUAUAUCAGGAUCGAAUUCCACUUCAUUAUCAUCAUCAUACAUUGAUUAUAGACCUUCUAAUAGUAAUAUUAAUGAAAGACUUUUUCAUACAAGUGAAUUCUCAAACAAUAUUCAUAAUAAUAAUAAUGAUAAUAAUAAUAGAUAUCCAUUGUAUAAUUUACCAUUUUCAAUGGAAUAUUGUUCAAAUAAACUUGUUCAACAAAAUGAUGAAUGGAAUAGAAUUUUUACUUCAGAGAAAAUGUUACAGAAUACCACUACUAUAAAUGAAUGUUCAAAAGUUAAACAAUCAAAUGAUGUAUUAACCACAAUAAAUUCCGUAUAUGAUGAUCAAGCACUUUAUAGACAAUCUUCAUUAAUAAAUCAUCAACCCCAUGUUCAAUGUAUCAAUGAUUAUCAGAAUUCAGUGUCAAAAACAAAUGAGUUUAACACAAGGCAUUCAAAUUCAGAUCAACAAAAUAACUCUUAUAGUAAUUACUAUCUCCACAAUCAGAAUAAUGAUAUUAUUGAUCACAAUAGUAAUAAUAAUAAUAAUAAUAAUAAUAAUAAUGAGUUGGAUAAGAAAGAAGUACAAAUCAUGAAGAAUAAAAAAUCCGAUUUCAUUUUAAUACGUCAGCGUAAUCGACGUAAACCGCGUAUUUUAUUUUCACAAACACAAAUUUACGAAUUAGAACGUCGAUUUAAACAACAACGUUAUUUAUCCGCUCAAGAACGUGAACAAAUGGCAAAUAAUUUGAAAAUGUCAGCACAACAAGUAAAAAUCUGGUUUCAAAAUCGUCGGUAUAAGUUAAAAAGACAGGUCCAAGAUAAAAAUUUAGAAGAAGCUAGUGCAUUACAUCAUCAUUUACAACUUAUUCUAUACCAUUAUUGCAACAGUCAACGGAAUUAUGUAACCAUGCUACAUCGAUAACUAAUUCAUCAUUAUAUAAUAUUGUCAAUCAGGUAGAUGAUGUUUAUCAUCAAAUUCAAAAUCGUACACGUUUUCCCGAAUUGAAUACAUAUGAAUGG